AAUUAGAGAGAUUAAUAAAAUCCACAUUAUAAUAAUCGGAUGAAAAAACCAACAAGUAACACCACAAAGCGCACAGAACCCAAAUUGAAACGGAGAGGGGGUAUAAUCGUAGUUUCAUUUAUCUUCCUGCCUUUCCCUUCAGAAACCUGCGCGCAUUUACUCGACUGAUCCCAAAAUUCAAUACCACAGUACACAAUCUCCCCCGUCCCCGCUCUCUAUUACUCUCUCUACAGACCACCACCCACCACCACCACAUCACCCUCACGUGUUUCUCACGUGACAUCCCCUCAACCCCGUCAAUUUUCCCUCUUUUAUUCACUUUUGUCCGCAUCAAGACCGAAAACCAAACAAAGCCCCCCAUUAAUUCUCCCCCCACCCACUCGCUCUCUUCGUCUCUCUCUCUCUCUCUACCAAAACGAUGUCGCAGAGCUCACCGCCAUCACCGCCAGCACCGCCAUUGAUACCCUCUGAACCUCAGCACCAUUCUUUCUCCUUCAAAACCCUAAGCCCAAGCCUCCUCAUAAUCCUCCUCAUCCUCGCCGUCACGGUCGUCGCCUCAAUCUCGCUCUGCUUCCUCCUCCGCCACCUCAACGGCCGCUGUCUCCGCCGCCUCACCCCGUCCUCAGCCGGGUCAGCACCAGCCGAGUCGCGUCGAAUCUCGACUCGCCGAGUCAGCCCCGACAACGCAGCCUCCCUCCCUCUCUUCACCUACUCCACCAUCACCCGCCGGUCUUCCUCUACCGUCUCCGCCGACUGCGCCGUCUGCUUGUCGAAGUUCGAGCCGAGUGACGAGCUUCGACUCCUCCCUCUCUGCUGCCACGCCUUCCACGCCAUGUGCAUCGACACGUGGCUUCAAUCGCACCAGACGUGUCCUCUGUGCCGCUCCCCGAUCGCCGCCUCCGACGCCGAGCUCAUGGCGCUCGUCUCCAAUGCCGGCGCUGCGACGAUGAACAGCGGAAGCUUCCGUCUGGAGAUCGGAAACGUAAGUCGCCGCAACCGAACGACGUCGGAUGAGAGCUCCAUUCCGGCCGAUGCUAAUCGCCGGUCCUACUCAAUUGGUUCAUUCGAGUAUGUCGUCGAGGACGAGUCUUCGGAGGUGCGGUUGAGCAAUGCGCAGAAGGAAGAUAUCAUUUUGGUCGUCGCCGAACCACCGGAGCCGCCAUCGCAAGCGUUAGAGCCGAGCCUAGCCGCCGAGGUAGGCUCGGGGAGGACUAGUUGGCUCAAAGACUACAUCGACCGCCUAUCGAGCUCUCUAUCUUCUCGUGACAUAUCAUUUCGCAGCUCGGGGAGAUUUUUCACCGGAAGCAGCCGCCGGAGUGAGGCUUCCAUAAUCGGAGAUUGGAGCUUGGAGUCUGGCCGGGUCGGGGAGGAGAUAUCGGAGAUGUUCCGUUGGCUAUCAGGGGUGUAACGGUAAAUAAAGGUGAAAUCCCCAAUUUUGCUAGCUGACGUGGACUGAGUAAAAAAUUAUGGGUGGAUUGAGUAAAUUUUGGGUGGGAAAAACUGAGAAUAAAGCCAUCUGUACCUUUAUCUGCACUGUACAUAGGGUGAAGAAGAUACAAGGAGAGCUUUUUACCAGGACUAUGAUUUUUGUGCGGUAAUAUUAGUUUUACUGUUUGGGUAAAAAAAAGAAUUAUGUAGCAGUUAAUUUCCUUCAUGUGAUUAGAGAUUGUGAUUGAAACAAGAAGGUUUAGAAUAUUUGGUUGUGUUUGACAUUUUUUUUAUUGGGAUUUGAUUGAAGAAAA